AUGCUCACUUGAACGAUCUGACCACGGCCGUCAUUGGAGACACAGGUAACAAGAAUCAAUUCAAUCAAUUCUAUCACCUCUUUGUGCAAGUUCAUCGCGCGGAGCAUUUGGGUGGAGGAGAGAAGACGUUUAAUCCCUAUGUCUCAGUUGAGUUCAAUGGGCACGAACUGCGGACCCCUGCGGCGCGGGAUACGCAUACCUUAGCCUUCGAUGAGCAGUUCCGAAUUCCGGUGACCACUCCUCUCUUCCAGGACUCCAUUGUGAUUCGCAUCUGGGACUCUGGAAAGUGGAUGCGCGACGAGAUCAUCGUGCAGGGCAGAUUGUCCUUCUCCUUGCUGCGAAUGCAUGCCAUGUCGCCCAAAUGGUUUAACUUCUAUGGCUUCAAGAGUGAGGAGGUGCCUGACGUGCAAGCCAUCACCAGUAGUGGCGAAGUGGCCGAAGAGAAUGCCUACUUGGGGCGCUUGCUGAUCAGUGCACGAGUAAACAAGGUUGAAUCCAUGGCUGCGCAGCAACUCCCAGCAGUUAUGAGGGGAGGACCCUGCGAGGAACCGCCCUCCACAGUUCAGAAUUUCCUGAUGGAUGUCUUCGAAGUGUCCGGUUGCGCUGGUAGCGAGGUGAUGCUGGAGAUGGCCAUCGGAACCAAGUCCAAGAAGACCAAGACAGCCUCGCGGAGCAAAGAAUCCGAUGCAGAUCCGGCGACAGCUGGACGUUUUCUCUUCCAAAGCAACAAGGGGCGCAUGACGCCUUUGGUCAGUGUGCUGCCCACCAAUCCUCCAGAACAGCUUGACGUGAUCCUCUCCUUGUACUCGCGCACCACGGGCUACGUCACCGAUGCGGACUGGCAACGCAUCGGCUUCUGUCGCCUGAAGGUGAGAGAGAUUCGAGAAUGGGAGGGAGACACGCAGACACCCCUUUGGUGUGCCAUGAGCAACAUGGCACAUUUGCCGAGCAGCGUCGAACCAGGUUCCAUCCUAUGCUCCCUAGCUAAGUCCCAAGACACUGUGCUGACCAGAGGCGUGCCCAACUGCAAACCGGUGAAGUUCCAAUUGCGCUGCUACAUCAACAUGGCACGCAGCCUGCAGUGUGAAGGCGAUCGGGUGCCGAGUUCCUUUUGCGAAGUGGCCUGCGCUGGGCAAAGACAAAGCACGGCAGUGGUGACGCAGACCAGCUCACCCUACUGGGCCGACAUGUUGGACAUGACCAUAAGCUUGCAAUGCUCCUUGCAGAACAUGCGCUGCUAUUCGGAGCCAAUCCAGCUGACCGUGUACGAUGUGGUGGGGAAAGGUCUUCUGGAAAGAGUGGCAGAUGUGACCAACAGCGCCAAACAGCUGGCGACAGGUGCAUUGUCAGGCAAUAUGCCCAUCAGCAAUCAGGAUGGAGCCUCUUUGAACGACAGCUUGGGACUCUCGGGCGAUGUGGAUGUGGCCAAGAUGGGUGAGGAUUAUGCAAUGUACAUGAAGGAUCACGCCAUGGCCACGAUGAUGGGUGACGUGAUGGCCACGAAACGCUUGGGUGAAGUGAAAGGAGGGCGGAAGGUCAUCGGCAGGCAGAAAGUGAAUUUCCGGAAGUUGCUCCAUCCCCUGUCGAACUACAAGAUGCGGCAACGUUGGGUGAAGUUGAAGGGUGGCACCAUGGGCACUGGCUGGGCGGGUGACAUCAUGAUCGGAUUCGAGAUGAUGCGCCUGAAAUACGUCAAGGAUUUCCCGUCCAAGAUGAUGAAGCCGCCGGGGAAGCCAUGUCUGGUCUCCGUGAGCAUCAUCGGGCUGCGCAACCUGGCGCUGCCGGAUGGCAACAGCUUCUCGGAGGGCGAUCCGGUGUUGGAGGUUCAGGUGCCAUCAGUGAAACCUGAUCCGUCGAAAGCCGCGCCCAAAUUGAAGGCCAAGGGUGGAAAGGGCAGCGAUGGCAAGGGUGGCAAGGGCGGCAAGGGCAAGGAUGGCAAGGGAAAGGGCAAAGCUGUAGAAGCGGCGUCGACAGAUGAUGAAGGAAAAGGUGGGAAGGGCGGCAAAGGCGAUGCCAAACCCCAACUGGAGAAGAAAGGCUCAGUGGACACCAUCAAAUCUGAAACCAACAAAGGAAAAAACAAGAAAGCCUUGAACAGCACAGAUCCGGGGAUGCAAGGUUUGGCAUUUGCGGAAGGCAGUGAUGCCAUUCGGAGAAACUCUGAGACCAUCGUGUGGACCAAAAAACCGGAGACCAGACUGCACGACAAGGAUACCAAUAAGAAGUGGACCGCCAGCGGUCGCAUGGGCUUUGAGUUUCUGAAUGUGGUCCACAUUGCAGCGUUGUUGCCGAAGCUGCCAGUCUACGAACCGGAUUUGCGCUUCAUCUUGAAGGACGGUGCUGGGCCGGACGCCAAGCUUCUAGCCGAGGGACGAAUUGGUCUGGCUGAACACUUGCCAUGGGUAAGUGAUCCAUCGAAAGCCAGGCAAGCCACCGAAGCCAUGGACAACUACUCAGACGGUGAGGGAGCCGACGGGAUGCCUGUCAGUGAUGCCGACGACGAAGGGUCCACCUAUGUGGAGGUCAUCCUUGGAAACCAGCCAGCGAAGGUCGCCUUCGAAAAGGAAGACAAGAACAGCUUCCCCCCGGUGAUCUCUGAUCUCAGCGAGAAAAGCCAGGCAGCGGCCAAGGGGAUUGGUGUUGGGGACUGGCUGAUUUCUGUGAAGAAGCAAGACGAGAAACAGGAGCAAACCAUCACAUGGAGCCCAGCGAAGGCUGCAGACUUCAUUGAGAAAAGCGACAAAGAGAAGAUAAGGCCUUUGAAGCUGAUCUUUCGAAAGAAGGACAAGAUCGAAGUCCAUGUGAGGAUCAUGAACGGCCCGCACAUGCUGGAGCUGGCCGACAGCAAAGACGAAAUGCCUCCGAAGAUUCUUCGAGACAUCUCCAAGGACAAGAUGUGGCGCAAACAGGGCAUCUCCCCCGGCUGGCGCAUCGUGGACAUCAACGGGGUGGACACCAAAGAGAUGACUUCGGUCAUGCCUCGCUUCAAGCAGCUGCUGCAGCUGCGCCCAGCGAUCGUGACCUGUCGACCUCACGGUCUGGCGGCGCGGGGCGACUCGGAUAGGGUGAUCCAAGAAGGGAAACCUGUGAUGCUCAGCGGAGUGGCCACUAAAGUCUACAAGGAGCAUGAACACAAACUGCGGCACAAAGAUGGUCCGCUGGCAUUCCUGCGUGUUCCUAGACCAAGCGCUGUGCUCCCCGAUGUUGUGAACACGCAGCAUCUCAACUGUCGCCCCGCCCGAGCCGGCAUGCUGGACGUGCAGGGCAUUGCGCGCUUCAUCGCUGGCGGUGAUGAAGAAGAUGACAAAGCCCGACCCUCCAUCCAGGGAUGUCUCGAGGACAACAUGGAGCCGGCCGUGUUCCGGAACGUGCCGCUCUUCAGUGGUUCCAGACAGAUCGGACAGGUGAAGGCCAAGUUUAAGGUGAUCUCCCCUCCCAACAAGAAGUGGAUGACGGCGAAGGAAGCCAAUGUUGAGGACAAGGUAUUUUUCAACGAACAACUUCUGCGGAAGCGCUUCAAGAUCGAUCAGCCUCACUCCUUGCGGGUACGCACCUACAUCAUUCGAGGCCUCAAUGUGUCUGGAGCGAUCUCCGGGUAUGGCAAUCCAUACUUGUACUUCAUGUACGGUGCUAACAAGGUGUCGUUGGAGGGACAUCGACAGAUGCAAUCAGUGGAGCCUCGAUACUUCCGCACCGAGGAAGCGGACAUUCACUUGCCCGAACAGUCCUACUUUGAGAUUGGGCUCUUUGACUAUCAGGACAAUGGUGAGGAUUUGCUGAUCGGCAAAAGUGUUCUGGAUCUUGAAGACAGGUACUACACCAGGGAGUACAAACUCAUGAUUCAAAACAGAAAGGUGCCCAUUGAAUACCGACCCUUGAUGUGCGAGUCCAUCGAUCCCAACACGCGAGAGAUCAGUACGAUUUCCAAAGGCUCCUUGGAGAUGUGGAUCGAGCUCUUGGACACCACCACGGCGGCAGAAGUUCCAGUGAGUAAACUCCUCCAGCCACCUGCGAUGGAAGUGGAAAUUCGCUUGAUUUGUUGGACCGUUCACGACUUGCAGAUGAGGAUGUGCAUUGAUGACUACGGCGACCAGCGUGAAAACGUGAGCAUCAGAGCGCGAUGCUCCAUCGACUGCAGAACCUACAAUGGACCUCAGCCCAGAGAGCAAGAAACGGAUCAGCACGAUUGUUGCGUGGGCGAUGGCGAAUUCAACUGGCGCUUUGUCUUCUCGCGAGUACAGGUCACCAAAGGUGUGCCCAUCGACUGCUUUUUGCAUCUCAGUGUUUGGGAGUAUUUUGCACUAGCGCGGCCCAACAUGUUGUGUGAGAGCUUGGUGGAGCUAAAGAGCUAUGUCAAGAAGGUCUCAGAAGAGCGGAUGAUGCUGGAGAUGGAAGCUGACAUGCCCUUGUCCAACGCACAGCUCUAUGCGGAGAUGAAGAAAGAAAUGAAGGGAGCCGGAGGCGUUCAAGAAAGAGGCGAGGGCGACGAAGAAGAGGCUGUUGAAGAAGAAGAGGAAGAAGGUGGGGGCGAAGAAGGAGAAGUGGCACCUGGAGCUGGAGUGGAGGAGAAGACCAUUCCACCUGCAGCGUACAUGAAGAUUGUGUUGCAAGUGCUCAUGCAAACAGAAGCCUCCAGUGAGAAUGGCAAGGUGGGCAUCGCCCGCACCGAACCCAACCGUAAUCCGUCGUUGCCUUAUCCCAAAACUGGACGGGAUUGGCGCUACUCGAUGCCCACUGCAGCGAAUGUGGUGGAGAAGGUCUUGGAUGUGUUGAGUCCAUCGAAGAGGGGACCACUGAUGACCAUCAUUCUAUUGAUUAUCAUAUUCAUCAUUAUCUCCAACGUGCCCUUCGACGCAGACUUGCAGUGUGUGACCACAGUCAAAGCGAGCUGCUAUGACGAGUCAACCUGCUUCACCUGCAACUGCUGUGGUCGAAUCACAGACGAAAUGACGGAUGCAAAGAAGCAAAAACUCUGCAAGUGGCGAUUUCUUUUCCUUAGUCGCAGUGUGGACGAGGU